CAGCACACACACUCGCACACCGCUGGCUGUGGAUCUUAUUUCAUACAUCUGCAGGAACUGCUGUCAGAAUGUCUUGAAGAAUUCAAGAAAGUGUGCGCGCGUGGGCGUGUGGAUCUACAACAGAACACUACAUGCCGUUUUGCUGGCAAGCCCUCCAAACCCAUCUCAGGGAGCAGGAGAAUGAAGAACAACAUGUGACCGAUCUGUGCACCACUGUUGACAGCAUGCUUCGCCUCCACUGGACCUUGGCCUUCUUCUUUUGGUAUUUUUUGCUACUUCACAGACAGGCUGUGGCUGAUGAAGAGGCCGCCUGGGGAUCAACGGUAUCAAGUGAAAACCCACCUGAAAAUAAAGCCAGUUCGUAUUGGUGGGUCCCAUCUCUGCCGAAGCUCCCUUCCCUUCCCAAACUGCCGUUCGGUAUCUCCCUUUAUGGGGGUUCAGAUAGUAAAGGCGAGGUAGCUGCAGUGACCACAGCUGCCAAGGGGCUGACAGAAUCAAGUGAUCACAUCCAAGAAGACUCAGGAUCAGGAGAAGGGAGCAUUUUUGAAGCGUCUCCGUCACCCACCACUUUAACUCAGGGGCUCCUAACAAGCGUGACAAAGAUAAGAAGUGAAUCACCUCCCACAGGGACAUCAGAUUCUCCACACAGCGGCGUAAUUCUGAGCAACAAUGAUACUCUUGUUUCCGACUCCUACUCUCCCACAAGCAUCUCUAUCAGAAACACUCUGUUCACCAACAGUCCCACCAGCACUAAGGCUCCUGAACAAAAUGCAACACAUACCCACCCACCACGGGACACAACAUGGGCAGCUGAGCCCAGUAUGAGUGCCACUGCACAACACCUUCAAGAGGAACACAGCGAUCAUCGAGCAACUCAAGAUUUUUCUCCAGAGGUCUAUUCAACAAUAGCACCAGAAACUACAGUCCCCACUGCCUUGACAUGGGCAGUAGCCCAAACCACAACACCAAACCCAGGAUUUGUAGAGACCGCACUGACCAGCAGACACACUCUGGGGCCUGCUACUCACCCUGCUACCCCAGAAACAAUAUUUAUCACAGAACCACAAGAUUCAUCAGUUAGCAAUACCCUCCAAACUGGAGAGUUUGCUACAUCAGAAGCCCACAGCACUCAGAGCCGGACUGAGCUGGGCUUCUCAGAGAGCAGGUCAUGGGACACGGUGGAAAAGCAAGGGGUAAUGUCUACUGCCCCGGGGACCGAUCAUAAACUAGUCCUGGAAUCCACAACUCAGAUCCAAAAGGUUAACUUUCCAAUAGGAGAUCUGCCAAGCAAAGAGGAUAAGGAGGAUGAGAUAGGUGUGCUUCCUUCAGCUACACAUGAUGACGCUGAAAUGAGUUUGGCAGGGAUUUCCACACCAUCCACUAAGCUUCUACGACAGACCACAGACAUUCCCUCUGAAACUCCACAUAUACUUCUGUAUACUGAAGACUGGAUGACCUCCUCUACAGACGUCAUUAAAAAACACUGUAACCUCUCCACCACGUGGGAUUCCACAACCUACUCAGAUGUUAGGCCCACAGAAAACACCACUGCCACAAACCAGUCAAACAGCCCCUUUCUGAUGCCAGCUCCACCGAUGUUGGUGCCCUUGUACACGGACUGGAACAGUGCCAUGGCCACGUGGGGCCUGGCCUGGGAGGCGCAUGUUUACGGCGCUGGUUGCAUCUUUGCAAUGCUUACACUAGCCUCAGCACUCAAUCUGCUCUGCUUACCACUGCGAUGCCCAUCUGGUUGUGGCUACUUUGCUCUGGUAAGCCUGUUCCUAUUAGCUGCUGGCUGUACCAGGUCCUUCUCACUCCUGUAUGAUGCCUAUGGCCACGAAGACCGUUUACCCUCCACAGAGGCUUCGCUGAUGCUCUACGAAGCACCUUUUCCCUGCCUCACUGCAGCUUUCGGUCUGGUUUUCCUUCUCCUUUCCAUGCGCUCAAGGAUGCAGCUUUCCUAUUCAGCCUUCCAGAGACCCUGUUUCCUGGCCUGCCUGGUUGUCCUGCAUUUUGCCGCUGCAUUCGGCCCAGUUACAUUACUAAAGUUCUACCGGCAAAAGCCUCCUCUGUGCCUCUUUCUUUCACUCAUCUCCCGGGGAGCCUUUGUGGCACUGGCAACUUUUCUAUCAACUGCUUAUUUUGUCUUCUAUAUCUACGUGCGGGCAGACUCAAAGCACAUCUAUCACCUAAAUAAUACAUCUCCAACACCAGCUGAGCGCUACAACCGCUGCCCCUUUGCUGAAAGCCGCGAGUGGGAUCGAGCUGCUGUAACGGUGUGUCUUUCAGCAUUGUUUUCUUUGGCGUGUGCAGGACUUCAGUUAUAUGCAAUGCUCAAUGCAAUGGGCGUUGCAGGUGGAGAGGAGGUCUUCCACCCUUGGCCAUGGUGGGCGUUUCAGUUUAGCUGCAGACUUUGCGAGCUUGGGGUUUGUCUCACCUUGGCCUUAGUGGUUGCACAGCCAGUUUAUUGUUCUGACCACCUUCCAGCUGCUGGAAGUUGUUGGACUGAACUGUUGGCAUCCAAGUCACCCAUCCUGCCUGGGAGCUACCAGUGGACUCUGAGUCAGCAAGAGAAGCUUGCUAUUGUUGACACUGUUGGACUCGGAGAGACCGAGAGCCUCCCUCUUUACACUCUGAUGGACGAAAGGCUUGGCAGUAGUCUGAAUGGCCUGGACCUUCUCUACCACAGUAACCGGGCCUUGGCUUACCGAGACCUGGACUUGGGUUUGCAGAGUUCAGAAAAACCUGAAGAUACAGGAGGCAGAGAGCCCUCGGGGGCAUCUUCAUUCACCAGUGACUCCACCGCAGACCUUCGCCCACCUUCACCUAUCAACCUGCGUCGCAGCAUAGAUGAGGCACUCUUCAGUGAGGCCCUGUUUCCCAUGAGCCUCUUCAGCCCAGCUAGGCCUUUUCAGUGCAGUGACCAAUCAGUUAACAAGCACUGGACACUUCCCAGCAAUAGCCUCUGUGAUCCUGUCUCAACUGACCCUGGCCUUUAUCGGACCUCCUCCUGCGUGGAGAUAGCCUCUCAACCCCAGCCACCUGAAUCUCAGGGUGUUGAAGGUGCUCCACCAUCUCCCUCCCUGAGCUCUUCUUCCAGCUGUUCAUCACCGGACCAUUGGAGGGACAGCUCUUCCUCCUCUUCCCUCUACCGAGCCUCUCUUGGAAGCUCGCUGAUCCUCUGCACAAGCCCAGAGGGACAUGCACGACAGCUUUUCCAACAAGGCGGCACGGGUAAUGUGGCAUCCUCUGGCCACCAGGCCCAGGCAAACCUGCAGAGGCACUAUCACACAUUGGGAGCAGCCUCACAAGAGAGCCUGGACCUAGACGUGUCGACUGACGCAGACCGAUCUGUUCAGGAGGAAUUCAUCAGUGUUUGCCGACAAAUCGACGCUUUGAGCAUCUGCAGUGAGACUAUUGAUUUAUAAAAGAGAGUCUGGUCAAUCAAGGGUUAUACUGAGGACUUUAGGGUGACUACUAUGUGCAGCAAGCUGACUGUCAAGGAUUUUACAAAUCGAUGGUGUAUGAAGAUCUACAGCUGCCAAAAUAAAGUUUUCAAAAGGCUUUCUUAUGUGGUAAAAGUCAGUGAGGGUUUAAGUGCCAAGAAUGUCUAAAGCCAAACAGUAAUUUGUAACUUUUACAUGUUUGAUAAAAGCAAGUGAAGUUUGAUACAUAGUCGUCUAUUGAGUGGUAACGUAACAAGAACUGAUUUGUACAAACAAUUUUCUUGCAUUCCAACAUUCCGAUAGCUAGUACUGUGAGUGAAUUAAGCACUUAUUACAUACUACUGAGCUCAUAUGGUUUCAAAUUCUACAAAAACCUAAUGUUACAUGAGUGGGAUUUAAAUAAAGUUUCUCAAGCUUAAAAAAAACAAAAAGAACUUCAUACCAAUAAGCUACACAUCUUAUUUGCAGUUAUGCAGCAGUGCCCUCUACUGGUAUUAUGCACAAUUUAGCACAUGCUUCUAUAUAAACAAUCCAGACAGUAUCUUAAUGACCAACUUA